AUGGCAUCCCUCCACUAUCUUCCUCCUGUCAAGCCCUCCGCCGUUGCCCUGGGUACUCUCUUCACCCAUACCACCAACCUUGCCGUCAUGGCCCCUCUUUUUGGCGAAUCCUACCAAAAGGCUAUGAAUGCCGACUCCAAGCAAGAAUGGAUCAAGUCGAAGGAAGCUGCUAAGACUGCCACUCUUUGGGGUUCCAACGUUAUCGGUUCAGGAGCCCAAACCUACGCCAUUGCUGCCCUACUUACUCAAACUGGUGUUCUCACCUACAAGGGUGCUGCUUAUGUUGGCGCGCUCAUUUUUGCCGCCACGAGCGUUCCCACCGUCGUUUCUCAACUAUUCCAGGAACGCCGCCCAGCAGAGUACAUUGCUAUUCGUGCUACUGCAGGAUUGAUUGAGACUGUUGGAUUAUCAGUAUUUUUGACUUGGUGGGGAAUUCGUCCCGCUCACGACUUGCUCAGAUAA